AUGACGCUCGUUGACUGGCUGGACGACCUUACCGUGCGCUUCCUACUGAAUCUACCGCCCGCCGAACUGAGCAGUGUGCCACGACUCUGCUUCCAGGUUGAAGAGGCACAAUGGUUCUACGAGGAUUUUAUUCGUCCAGCGAACCCUUCUCUACCGAGUCUGAACCUCCGGCAAUUCUGCCUUACACUGUUCCAACAUUGUCCCCUUCUAAGUGGCUUUAAUGCGGCCCAGCACCUUGCUGCGUAUGAGGAGUUCCUGGCAUACAAAGUGCGCGUACCGGUACGCGGCGCGAUAUUGAUGGAUGAUAAAAUGGAGAAAGUGCUGCUUGUGCGAGGCUGGAAGAAGGGUGCAAGCUGGAGCUUCCCCAGAGGGAAGAUCAACAAGAACGAGCCAGAUAUUGAUUGUGCUAUUCGUGAGGUAUACGAGGAGACGGGCUACGAUGCUGCCGCUGCUGGUCUGGUGGAGAAGAAUCUGCAAUCGGAUGGAGAAGUCAAGUCGAUCGAUGUCACGAUGCGAGAACAGCAUAUGAAGCUGUUCGUCUUCCGUGGAGUGCCGCUCGAGACGUACUUCGAGCCCAGAACGCGCAAGGAGAUCGGCAAGAUCUCAUGGUACAAUAUCAAGGACCUGCCAGGCUUCAAAAAGCAGAAGGGUCUUGCCGGGCAAGGCACAGGGGAGGCGCAGGCCGCCAAGUUCUACAUGGUCGCGCCAUUUCUUGGACAUCUGAAAAGGUUCAUCAAUCAGCAGAGGAAACCAAGUGGACCGACGCCA